AGCUGACCAAGGCACGGGGCUUCUUGCUUUCUUCUGAACCUUUUCAGUCCACCCUUUGGGGUAGAAACCAUCCGCAUGCCUCACUGGUUCAAUCCAGACUUUCUCCCAGGCUUAACAGUUGCAAAACUGAACGGCCAGUGCUCAAUAACUUUCUCUUUCCAGGGCGUCAUUGCAACCAAAGUCCCGCAACAGAACGCCUGCUACAUUUCCGUCAUGAACAGAACCGAGAUGCCCAGCUUUGACAAUCUGGCCACACUGGCCAGACAGAGCAGGAACCAGGUCAGUCUUGGAAGACUUACAAGGAAGCUCACCUUUGUCACCAGUGGAUUGGUCAACAACCUCAACUUCUACGGAGCAGACAUCACGACCAUGUGCAGCGGACUCACCAUCUACAGAGCUUAUGAAGUUCACGGACUCCAAGUCAACCAGGGACCAUGCGUCACCCUCAAUGUCCUGAGAGUUGUGGACCUGAAGUACUGCAACAGCAAUGGCAACAUUGACCAGGGUCAGGAUCAGGGUCAGGAUCAGGGUCAGGAUGACAACCAGGAAGUCAUCAUUGCUGGCCAGUCCCAAAUUGUCACCCUCCACAAGCAAUGGCGCGUGGCAGUUAUCCAGCAAACGACCGUCAGUGGCUCCUGGAAAACCAUCUGGAACUACAACACGGGCGUCAUUGCAACCAAAGUCCCGCAACAGAACGCCUGCUACAUUUCCGUCAUGAACAGAACCGAGAUGCCCAGCUUUGACAAUCUGGCCACACUGGCCAGACAGAGCAGGAACCAGGUCAGUCUUGGAAGACUUACAAGGAAGCUCACCUUUGUCACCAGUGGAUUGGUCAACAACCUCAACUUCUACGGAGCAGACAUCACGACCAUGUGCAGCGGACUCACCAUCUACAGAGCUUAUGAAGUUCACGGACUCCAAGUCAACCAGGGACCAUGCGUCACCCUCAAUGUCCUGAGAGUUGUGGACCUGAAGUACUGCAACAGCAAUGGCAACAUUGACCAGUCUCAGCAGAGUGAUGACAACUGCCAGAUCUCUGUUGGUGGAGUCUUCCAAAAUAUGACCAUCAGUAGUCAAACACGUGUGGCAGUUUUUGAACAAAGAAGCAAUGAUUUGUCAUGGAAAACCAUCUGGAACUACAACACGGGCGUCAUUGCAACCAAAGUGAUGCAAGAGAGAACUUGCUACAUUUCCAUCUUGAACCAGAAGGAGAUGCCCAGCUUUGACACCCUGCUCAGACUGGCUGCAGAGAACAAGAACCAGGUGGGUCUUGGAAGUCCUACAAGGAAGCUCACCUUUGUGGCCAAGGGAUUGGUCAGCAACCUCAAGUCUUACGGAGCAGACAUCACGACCAUGUGCAGCGGACUCACCACCUACAUGACCUAUGAAGUUCACGGAGCCCAACCGAAUCUCAGAUCAUGUACUACACUUGACGUCCUGAAAGUUGUGGAUCUGAAUUAUUGUCGUGGCAAUAUAAAGGCCUGAAAACUUUACGUUUCUUGAACCAAGUGUGGGGGAUCCAGAGCUGCUGCCCAAAGCCAACCCCGAUGUCCUUCUUCCCAGGCAUCUCCCCUUUCCAGGGAUCCCUUCUUGAGGAUGGAGAUGCUAAAAUACAUGAAUGGGUUACCAGAGCUUUCAAUUAAAGACCUUCGUCAUGGAUUGACUCCAGCUUGUUUGUCUUUACCAUUUUUCAUUUAUGAACACCCAGAAAUACAUUUUGAUUGUCUCUCUUCUGACCCCUUCGAGCUCUUCCAAUGCUGUUUUCAUUACCAGCUCUCAACACAGGGCACACCCAGAGAGCUGGGCAAGCCCCGGGGUGUGUAUCUUACAAACAAGGCUUUCAGAGUUACGACCUUCCUUUCCCUGGGCAGGGAAAGAUGCCUCAUAUUAAAAAUCAAAAGGCAGAAAGAAAG